AUGGACUACGAAACCACAGACGGCGCACAGUUCUCGCUGCGCGAGGUGCUAUCGGAGGACAAUGUCUUCCAAAGCACAGUCAUCACUGCAUUUGUGGACGGCAAUGCGUACGCUGGAACGUCUCCACAGCGUAUGGAAGACAUGGACGAAGUCGACGUGAUCCAGUACCUCGAGCCAGUCCCGUCGGAGAAUGUGCACCCACUCCUGCCGGAAGGGCUCACGGUGGCACCUCCCUUCGAUAUCGCGAACCAUUAUCUGAAGGCGCCACAGUUCACGUAUGAGGACAGCAAACCAGGCAGAACCUUCGUGGCCGACUGUCUAUUGAGCGAAGCCAGAAUACUGGAGCAGCUGAAGCAGCAUCCUCACCCGAGCAUUGUGAUAUACUAUGGCGCCGUCACGAAGGGCGAUCGCAUCACUCAUCUCUGUCUCAAGAGGUGCUACUGUAACCUCUCGGAGUACAAUCAGAUCGGACUUUCGAAGGCAGAGCGAGGUCGGCUCCUGGCGGAAAUCCGAGAUGGCAUCGAGCACUUGCAUUCGCUUGGCCUGGCCCACAACGACAUUGGACCCGACAACAUCUGCGUGGAUGCCAAAGGUCAUGCAGUCCUUGUAGAUUUCGACUCUUGCCUCCCAUUCGGCGAGCCUUUGAAGAAGGGACUCGUGGAGAGCAUCCUUGCUGAGAAGCAUCCCAUCUCUGCUCGCGAGAACGAUCUUCGGGGAUUGGCUGAUAUUGAGGACUCCUUGGUCACGUCAGAGCAGGUCAUUGCGGAAGCUUUCGCUCGUGAUACUGGUAACGGCUUGACAUCCCCUGACUCUCGUCCACAAACCGCGCCAUCAUAG